GGUAUUAGUUGUUUUGGGUCGUGGAGUCGAUGGGUGGUGGAGCAUUGCAAUCUUUUUUCUACGCUGUAGGUAGCCUGUGGAAGGUCUAAUUGUACUACUACACUACAGAAGCUUUCAAGCACACCACUACCACAAUACACCACGGGUAGCGAUAUUCGCUGCUGUACAGAUAUGAACUGAACAAGCAAGGAAGAGUGUGAAAAGAAAGAAGGCUGCGAAAAGUUUUUUACCCUUCGGAUAUUCGUUUUGAAGAAGUUUUCUCUACGACUGUGAAUAGUUUUCGAACGUGAAAAACCCGUGAAUACGUUGGAAAAUGACGUGUUCAUAGUAAAUUUCCAGUACGAAGAAAUCAAGUGCAGACGAGGUCAAUUUGGUGUUUGAGAAAAAAAAGAUUCAAGUGAGAAAAUAAGAAGGCCAAGUUUUUCCUGCUGCCACAAAUUGCAAUCUUCGUCGACGUUGUUGUUUUUUCCCCUGCUGCAAUCUGGUGCCUGGUGACGAUCAAGUGAACUGUGCUGAAUUUGGAUUAAUAGAACAACAGUGUGUGGAUUGGAUAUUACGUUUCUGAUUUCGUUGUUCGAUUCGAAAAGCUGCGAAGCGCAGUGGGAAGUGAGAAACAGUUGUAAACUGCGAACAAAACAAGUCUGCGAAGUUUGAAAAACGCAGGGAGACAAGAGCAGACGAAAAAAUAAAGAUGGAUUCCGAUGAUGAGAGUUUUGGUGAGCACGAUUCCGGAAACGUUUCCAGCGGAGAUGAUGAUUUUGCGAUGGAUGUGGACAUCAACAAUCCACGGGACCGUGGCCAGCAGGAGGAAGACUACCCGUACGAGGUUCUUACGACGGAGGAAAUAGUUCAGCAUAUGGUCGAUUGCAUCAAAGACGUCAACACUGUGGUAGAGAUACCUGCGACGAUCACUCGGAUCCUGUUGAAUCAUUUCAAAUGGGACAAAGAAAAGCUGAUGGAGCGCUAUUACGAUGGUGAUCAGGAAAAAUUAUUCAAGGACGCGCAUGUUAUUAACCCUUUUCGAAAACCGAGCACAGUCAGUAAGCCAAAGAUCAAAAAAUCUGGAACAGAGGAUUGCGAGAUUUGCUAUUCGUCAUUUCCCCCUAGUAUGAUGACUGGGUUGGAAUGUGGUCACCGUUUCUGCACGCAAUGCUGGCAAGAGUACCUGACCACCAAGAUCGUCGAAGAGGGAUUAGGCCAAUCAAUCGCCUGCGCGGCGCAUGGAUGCGACAUCUUGGUGGACGAUGUAACCGUAAUGCGGCUGGUGCAGGACUCACGCGUCAAGCUCAAGUACCAGCAUCUGAUCACAAAUAGCUUUGUAGAGUGCAAUCGUCUACUUCGCUGGUGUCCAUCGGUGGACUGCAACUACGCGAUCAAGGUACAGUACGUCGACCCGCGGCCAGUCGUUUGCAAAUGCAACCACGUGUUCUGCUUCGAAUGUGGUGAAAACUGGCACGACCCGGUACAGUGCCGUCUGUUGAAAAAAUGGAUAAAGAAGUGCGACGAUGAUUCCGAGACGUCGAAUUGGAUUGCAGCAAACACCAAGGAGUGUCCGAAAUGUAACGUCACGAUUGAGAAAGAUGGUGGUUGCAAUCACAUGGUUUGCAAAAAUCAAAACUGUAAGUACGAUUUCUGCUGGGUUUGUUUGGGAUCUUGGGAACCGCAUGGUUCGUCUUGGUAUAACUGCAACCGAUAUGAUGAAGAUGAAGCUCGUGCUGCACGUGAUGCUCAGGAAAAGUUUAGAUCAUCGUUGGCAAGAUACCUGCAUUAUUAUAACCGUUACAUGAACCACAUGCAAUCGUUGAAAUUUGAACACAAACUGUACGCCUCGGUUAAAGCCAAAAUGGAAGAAAUGCAGCAGCAUAACAUGUCCUGGAUUGAGGUCCAAUUUCUGAAGAAAGCUGUAGAUAUCCUUUGCCAGUGCCGUCAAACUCUAAUGUGCACCUACGUGUUCGCGUACUACCUACGUAAAAAUAAUCAGUCGCUCAUCUUUGAGGAUAAUCAGAAGGAUUUGGAGACAGCUACGGAGAAGCUUUCCGAGUUCUUGGAACGUGAUAUUACGUCGGAAAACCUGGCCGACAUAAAACAGAAAGUACAAGAUAAGUAUCGGUACUGCGAAAAACGUCGAAAAGUGUUACUGGAUCACGUGCAUGAAGGCUAUGAAAAAGAUUGGUGGGACUAUACCGAUUGAUAAGAUAUUCUCGGCCACAACAGAAUAGGGAUUUCGCUCCGAGUGAAAGCACCGGAAAAAACGAGUAAUCCCUUUUGGUGCACUCAAAAUCGAAUGAGUGUGUUAGAUGGUGAGUCCUAGCAGCAAACGUAAAUAUAAUAAUAGAAGAAAUCAAAUAUUUGCGAUCCGAAAGCAUUCAGCAUACUAGCUUAUCGAGAGAAAUAGCAAAACAUGAAAACAAAGAAAAAUCUUCAAAGUAUUUAACGUGUAAGGCGUACUUUUAUUUUCGCCGCAGCCCAAAAUCCGAUUUUCAGAUUAUGUAGGAAAAACGCGAAAGACGAAUGUAUUUGUAAAAAAAGCUACAAUAAUUAAGAAAUACUGUUGUUAUUUGACUGUUCUUUCUUGUUCUUUUUAUUAUUUGCUUGAAUUAAAUUCGUUCACUUUGAAGACGAAAGGCAUAAACAACGGAUACGGAGUACAAUAAAUUGGCGUUUUGUGUAGUUUGACUAUCUAGUUUAAAACUGUAGAAAAAGGGUGUAUAAACGGUUGUACACACAAUGCAUAAGCUUUCAAAUUAGUCAUCACACUGCAAAAAGAAAUUCCGGAGUCGAACCGUCAUGUUACUUGCGACUUCGAACUACACUCUGCUAUGUUCAACAACUCUUGUUUCUAUUUAUUACAUUUCAAAACUUCUUUCCUCAUACUAUUUUAUUCUUGAUCUUCCAAAAAACGUGUCCAAGCUUAGCUAUACAAACUAUAACGCAACAGAUUGAGAAGUUAUUGAUUUAUCUAUUUCAUAGAAAAAGAAACAAGCAGAAUCAUGUCAACUUCAAAGUGUUGUAUAUGUGGAACACUAUAAAACAUACUGAUUACAAAUCCCGACUAUCUUAGACUACAUGAUAUCGAAAUCCCGACAUAACCCACUACAUAUUUUGUUGACUCCAAUACUACUUACUCUUUUAUAAUUUAGCUUGACGAUUCUAAAUUUAGUUGGUAAGACGCGAACUCAUGCACUCGAUACUUGCUGUAAUAGUCUGGCCCUUCUCUAGAUAGAUUGCAAGCCGCUACUUUCGUGGGUGUAGGAGAUAAUUGCAUCUCAUUUCGUAGGUUCGAGUUCGGUUUCCGUCGGUACGUUCGUUUCACAAUAUGCAAUUCGAAAACUUGUGCACCUUGUCUCUUUUCCUGUCUAGUCUGGAGCGUUUUUAAACAGUUUCUCGUAUUUUUUUAGUAUACACUCCACAAGCGAACAGCGCAGUAGUGUCCGCAACAAUAUCCUUGUUCACUUUUGCUAGCCUUCAUUAGUAGGACGCUUAAAACGGAUUUGUGCUAAAAAACCAUAUGAAUUAAAGUUUUUGACAAAGUGAUAUAAAGUUUUAACGAAAAGAAUAAUGCAAAAAAAAAAGAUUAUAUAUAAAAAAGUGAUGUGAAAGAGGUUUAUAAUAAAACUGAACAUAACAAGAGAAAGUAAACAAUUAUAUACGGAUUAUGAAGUGGAUAUGUUAGAAUUUGUCAUUUUCCAUUUUGUUGAUCUACAGCGGUAAAUGAAUAACUACAGACAUGAUAAAUUACAAUGUAAAAUCCGAUCGGAUCGAAGAACAGAAUAAACAAGAGAUAAAAUUAAAAUAGUUUCCUAGUC